AUGGGCACGCGGCUUCGAGAGGGCGGGACUUCCGACAUAGGAGUCUUUGUGCGCGGCGGCUUGAGGCUGGAUACCUCUUUUUGUGGGUGGCGGCGAGCGUGCGCGGAUCGCCAUGAAGGCUUCGGGCACACUGAGAGAGUAUAAGGUGGUGGGGCGCUGCCUGCCCACCCCCAAAUGCCACACACCACCCCUCUAUCGUAUGCGAAUCUUUGCGCCUAAUCACGUUGUUGCCAAGUCCCGCUUCUGGUACUUUGUGUCUCAGCUGAAGAAGAUGAAGAAGUCUUCAGGGGAAAUUGUCUACUGUGGGCAGGUGUUUGAGAAAUCCCCUCUGCGGGUAAAGAACUUUGGCAUCUGGUUGCGCUAUGACUCCCGCAGCGGCACCCACAACAUGUACCGGGAGUACCGGGACCUGACCACUGCAGGCGCUGUCACCCAGUGCUACCGAGACAUGGGUGCCCGGCACCGGGCCCGUGCCCACUCGAUCCAGAUCAUGAAGGUGGAGGAGAUUGCAGCCAGCAAGUGCCGCCGACCAGCAGUCAAGCAGUUCCAUGACUCCAAGAUCAAGUUCCCACUGCCCCACCGGGUCCUGCGUCGCCAGCAUAAGCCACGCUUCACCACCAAGAGGCCCAACACUUUCUUUUAGAUGUGGGGCCUUCCUGUCCCCAGUUCUGCCCAAAUAAAUUCCAUGGAAAAAGU